UUGGUUUCAUUUGCCUUGAAUAUCUAUCUGCAAGCGUAUCUAGCACGUUUUUCAUGAAUCCAAAUAUUUUCCAAGUAGACGAAAAUGUACGUAUAAAUGCGUUAAAAGAAUACGAUAAGACGGAAGCAGCAGCUAACCAAGAUGUAAAAACAAUACAGAUAUGGAUUAAAACUCAACGACAUUUACCUGAGGUCAUGGAUGAGGCCCAGAUUAUAAAUUUCUUAUUUAUGAAUAAAUUUAAUAUGGAAAAAACUAAACGCAAAAUAGAUACGUACUAUACAGUGAGGACAUUAAUACCAGAUUUUUUCGAACAAGCCAACCCAAACUCGCCGUUGAUGCAAGAAGUUGUUGAUGCUUUAUAUUUUGGAGUAUACCCUAAAGCCCUAAACGACAAACACAGAGUCUUUAUAAUAAAGGUAAAAGAAUCAAAUAAGUUUGGACCUCGUGAGUUGGUUAUGCACUCUGCUAACGUAACAGAAAUGCGUCUCUAUGAAGACUGUUUUGCUAGUGGUGAAAUUCUGAUUUUCGAUAUGAUCAAUGUUUCAUUAAGCGACUUAAAAAAACUUACUCCUACUCUCGUCGCAAAAAUUCUUGUGAUUUUCCAGAAAGUGUAUUCGAUUCGUUCGGAAGCCAUUUAUAUCCUCAAUAGUCCUUCGUAUGUUUCUGUUGUAAUAUCAAUUUUGAAAUCGGUUUUAAAGCCUAAAAUAUUUGAACGGGUACAAGUUUGUGAAAACACUGAAAUUUUGAAAACAAUUUUUUCCAAGGAUGAUAUACCCAAGGAUUAUGGAGGUGAAGGACCAACACUGGAGGAAUUACAUGAAAUGGUGAAGGUGAAACUUUCUUUUUAUCAAGAUCGAUUUAACGAACUGGAUAAUUUAAGAGUGGAUGAAAGUUUAAGAGCCGAUAAACUUAACACAGAAGAGAUUUUAGGAAUCUAUGGCAAGUUUAAGAAACUUCACUUUGACUGAAAAUUAGAGAAAUUAAUAAGAAACAGAACUCAUCGUUAUUAUUCUCUCACCAUGGAUAUUUUCUUCCGAUAGUGUUUGAUUUUCUUUAAUAUUUGUUUCUGAACUAAUGUAGAAUAAUGUUUUUUUUAACAAUAAUUUAUUGAUUGCUUACCAUCACUAAAAUUAAAAUUUUGCUGUGAUAAAAUGAUCCUUUUUAUGAACUCUUUCUUGUCUUUUUGCACAAAGCACUAUUUCACAGCAACUUUCUAAUUUAAUAUGAUGAUUAGAGUUACCAGAAAUCGAAAAGUCGAAAAUAGAUAAAUUCACUUCAUAGAAGUUUCAAAAAAUAUACAGGGUGAGUUCUAACUUAUAUCUAACUUAUAAGCCUAAAGUUAAGGAAUGAAAGGUUAUUAACAAGAAUAAGUAAAAUAAAUUAAGUUAUUUGGAUUAAAAAUUAUGCUUAUAAGUUAAUAAAUGAAAAUGACAAAUUGGCAUUAAUACUCAUCCUGUAUAGAAGAUUCAAAUAAAUCAUGUUAUUAAUUACAUUAAAUAUAAUUACUAAUGUAUUGAACGUUAAUAUAAAUUAAACAUAUUUAGAUAAAUGAAAAUAUAAACUAAAAUAAAAACGAUUAAACAUUAUUUUAAAUCUCAACAAACAUAAAACAUAACAAAAAAACAUAAAAUAUCGUUUUAAAACGAAUAUUGCAACUCUGUCCACUUCCUUUACUUCUACACUAAGAAUAUACACCUAUAUGUAAUAAGUAAAAUAAUAGCAUCCAGAAGUCCAGAAGUCUGAUUUUUUUGGAAAUAAAUUGAUAAAUGUUUAAAGAUUGUAAAGAAGUGAUGCCAAAAUAUUUUUUAUUUUAAUUAAUUAUACACUAGCAUUGAUUCAUCUGGAAUUGUGAUGUCAUUUAUUUCGUAUUGUGAAUUAAAUUUAACCUCUGAUUAAAAUUUGAUUACCUCUAAAGAUUGAUUAACUGAUUAACCAUUGAAUUUGUAAACUUAUUGUUUAGAAAUUAAAUUCUUUUAUUGCUACCAUGCCACGACCGAUGUGCGU